AAAAAUUAAAGGGAACGUUUCCGGAUGUCAAAACAUUUAUUUAUUCCCCAAAUAAGUGCUAUACGCUGUGAUCCAAAAGUAUGGAUGACUAUAUUGUAUUAAAAGAAGUGUAUUGAUCUAUACUCACUCAAAAUAUGGAUGGUGAAGAUUGCUUGAGUCGUACAAAAUAUGAUUGGAUGAAUUAGGCCUAAUACGUGUGACAUGAUAAAGUAUGGGGACCAUUCUAUCCAAAAUUGCUGAUGGAGUGCGGGCUCGAGUAGAUGCGACACGUAAUUACAUUACAACAACCAGGGAUAAUAUCAAAAAUGGAAUAUGUGAAAGAGUUAAUAAUACUCAUGAAGCUAUUCAGAACAAAAUUGAUAACACGAGGAAUGCCAUAAAUACCAAAGUCUCAAACACACGUGAUGGGAUUGUAAAUGCCGUAACAUCCACACGUGAUGGGAUCGUUAACAGAGUAACAGCUACACGUGACAGUAUUGUAAAUACUGUAACAAGCACGCGAGAUCGAAUUGUAAACACUGUAACAAGAACAAGGGAUGGGGUCGUAACCAAAGUUACUAAUACACGUAAUGGAAUUGUGAACACUGUAACGAGGACAAAGGAUGGGAUCGUAAACAAAGUUACAAAUACACGUGAUGGAAUUGUGAACACUGUAACAAAUACAAAGAAUGGCAUUUACAAUAGAUGCCAUUCAACGAAAUGUUAUGUUGUAGGCACAGUGACAGGCACGCGUGACAGUAUCUGUAAUCGAGCCAGGAAUACAAAGAAUGCUAUCAAGCGUGUAACAUGCAAUACAUGCUAUGGAGUAUGCAACUGUAUUAAACACUCCAAAAAAGCUAUUCAUAAAAGCAUUGAUUACAAAAUGCUUUCUGCAUAUAAUAAGACACGAAAUACAAAACGUAUGAUCCUUAAUGGUGCUUUCAAUGUAAAAACUAGCGUUAAACACUUUGUGAAACGAAAAGUCACAGAUGUCAAAACAAGCGUAAAAGGAGUAGCCAAGCGACUUAUGAACCUUUCUAAAAUACAGAAAUUCUUCCUCAUAAUUAGCUUAAUUUCACUUAUUGUGAUAAGCAUUCCUACGGUUUUGAUUGGACUUGAUGUAUACAAUGAAAGAUACGAAGAUGCUCACGCAAAAGCACAAUUCAUUCGCCAUACGCUCUCUGAAGUUAAGUCACAUACCAUUGAGGGGUCAAAGUUUGCUGCAAAAUGGGGCUACAUUGGAUUGCAGUAUACUGCAUAUGGAACAGUUGAGGCAGGAAAAGGAAUGUUAUAUGGGACGGGUAUCUUUAUAGAUGGUGCUUAUAACUUCACAACAAUUGCUGCUAAUAAGACUUCAAUUGCAUAUAAGAUUGCGGGGGAGUACUCAUAUCGAGGCCUACAGAAGGCUAAAAUUGGAUUGAAAUUAGCGAGUGAAAAUCUGGAUGAAUUCUAUGAAUUUGCAACUGAAAAUUAUGCUGAAUUUGAUGUAUGGGCAAGCGAGAAGCUCAAAAUAUUUGCAAAUGAGUCAUCCAUCGCAAUAGGACUUGCAGCUGAUAAACUUGCAGUUUGGAGUAAAACUGUGAUUGAAGUGACAAAGUAUGGUGCGACUGAAGGUUUUGAUGCAGUAUCUAAGGGGUCUGUUGUGACUUAUGAAGCUGGGGAACAAUGUGCUCUAUUUAUUUAUACCUGGGUGGCCUUCAUAGCAGAAACACUGUUUACCUAUUGUUGCAUUCUUGGAGUGAAUCUCCAAUAUUAUUUUGCAAUAGCGGCUUCCUAUCUUCAAGUGACAUUUGAGUAUAUAGGCCAUAUCCUUAAUAUUGUGUUCCCUGGUUUAGGAUACUUUUUAUUCUACCUUGGGAAAGGUAUCUACACUGUCAUGAACAAUUACAUCCUGAAGUAUUCUCUCCAAGGUAUCAGUUACCUCUUUCUGAAUCUGUAUGAGGGGACAUGUUAUGUAUGUAUGGGAAUAAAAAAUGGAUACUACGAAUUGACCAUGUGGAUCGCCUGGUUUUACAAUGUCGCCAUCUACAUUUUAAUCCAGCUUUGGUCGACUUUGUGCUACCUCACAAAUCUAGCAGCGCACAAAACUGCUGAAGUUGCACAGAAUUUAUCAGUGUAUUUCCUUCAUCAAGCUCAUCUUGGAUUUAAUCAAUUCAUGGAUUUCAUUUUCCGCACAAUUAGUCUCCUGCUCCACAUUGUCGGCGUCAUCCUUAGAUUCCUGAUUGUGUUUCUCACGCAGCUGUACAAGCUCUGCUCAACAAUAAUUGGUGUGUUCCUACGAAUUAUUUAUGAAAUCAUUAGUGUAACCCUUGCUGUGUACUAUAAAUAUAGUUCAUACAGAGAGUCUAUUUUCUUCUCAGUGCUGAGUCUCUUUGGUGUCUACUGUGUUGGACUCCAUAGCGAUUAUUACAGAAAUCUGAAGGACAUUGAUGACAUUGACGCAGGAUGUGAUGAUCCUGAUGCAGAGUUUGAUUACUCCAGUGAAUCUGAUGAUGAGUUUGCACUUGAUGUUGACUCCGAUAUAGAAACGGAUCCCGAUACUGAUUCAAAAUCAGAAAUGAACAUUGUAGGGAAAAUGAUACUAAAUAAAAUGGCCAUUGGAAAUUUGAGCGAUUCUGAGGAUGAAUUCGCAUUAGAUCCUGAGUCUGACUCUGAAAAUGGUGGAAAGAAAUCAACUGAAGAAAAUGAGUUUAGUUUAGAUAAAAAUGCUUUAGAAGAGGAGGUUGAAGAUAUAGGAUUGUCUAAUCAGGCUGAAAAUGUUAAAUCAUCUGGCGAUCAUAUAUAAUCAUAAUGGACUCAAAUGAUGAUUGUUUUUAAGAAAAUUCAAAUUGUCAGUUUUAUGUAUAUCUUGGUUGGGUCAAUUCUUUUGUUGCUUUAAUUAAGAAAAAUUAACAUGUGCACAAUGAUAUUAUAAUUUGACUAUACGUGUAGUUAUACAAGUAAACCAGUCAGUAUGAGUAAAUUAGCAUACAUCUUGAUUCUUCUGAGUUUUAGAGAAUUUGUUAUAUUUUUGAAAUUUACAUGCAAGCCAAUAUCAUAUGUCUCUUUAAAAGCCAUAUUUAAGAAAAAAAAGAAUGAAAAAUUGGGGAAUCAUGUUUUACACAGUCAAUUGAAUACCAUACAAAACGUCUCCUUCUGUGUAUUGAAGCAAGAAAAAACACUCACUAAAUAGCAUUAGAAGUUCAGAGAU